AACAAAGUAAAUAUUUUAGGUGUUGUUCGCUAAAUCUAGCAAAUCUUUGCUUUGAAAUACGGUACUUUGAAAUGGAAUAGAAAGGAGGAAAAAACCCCAAAAAGUGUACGUUCACUGAGAGGUGGGGUUCACCAGCAAUUAAGCGUUCGUAUUCAGUGGUUUUUUUCAACUACCGAAAUAUUGCUUGAUCUAAAGCAAAAUUGUAUAAAUAGACAGCUUUGAUCUUUGAUCAUAUUAUAAUUUCUUUAGCAUUCUUUUUUACCACUCUUUGUGCCAUAAUUUGAUUUUUUAAAUGACGAAUAUAUUAUCAUUAUAUAUAAUAUACAAUUACCUACAGAACUCUAUACAAAUAUUCAGGAAAUCGUCGUAUUCAAUUGUUGAAUUCUUGUUGCAACAACAGCAACAAUUACAAUCAAAGAAGAAGGAAAAGAUCACUAAUAGCAAAAAUGCAACUGUUCAUUCGAAACCAAUAUCGAAGUUGUUUGAGCUUAACCAAUGGUUCACUUUUACUGCACUUAUGAAAUCGAAAGAAGAAGACUUUCACCGUUUGCAUAUACUCUAUCCUUCUCGAAACAAGACCAAAGAUAUGAAUAUCGAGUUAUUUUUUCCUACAAACAAACAAAAUCAUGUACCUGCAUCAGCAGCAAGAGUUACAUCCCUCAAGCAUCAAUCUCAAACAGUCAUGCCUGUCUCUUCAAAUUAUACCGCACCAAGAGAACCUAUUGUUCUUUGUCAUGGACUCUAUGGGUUUGACCUGAGAGGACCUGAGUCACUACCAGCCUUACAACUGCAUUACUGGAGUGGGGUUGAAGAAACGCUUGCCAAACUAGGAUGUAAGGUGAUUGUGACGAAAGUUCCACAAACUGGAAGUAUUUGGGAAAGAUCGCACGCUUUGCAUGAUAUCUUGCAAAAAACAAUAAUUGCAGGAAAGAAAGUAAAUUUUGUGGCACAUUCAAUGCUUCUUUCUUUUUUUUUUAUCUGUUUCCAAUUUAAUUAUGCUUUAUUAAAUAGGGUGGGUUAGAUUGUCGACAUUUGUUAGCCAAUAUAAAAGAUCGACCCUACCGAGUCGAAUCUCUAACCACUAUCUGUACACCUCACCGUGGCUCACCUAUCAUGGAUUGGUUCAGAGACAAUAUGGGCCUUGGUCGUCGUCAUUGUACAGAAUAUACCAAAUCAAAUUAUUCUUCUCCUUCCUGGUCACCACAAGCCAACACAUCCGUCAUGACUUCCAGACAAAAUCUUCAACGCCAUGCCAA